CGGGAUGCGCGGAGGCGGCGGCGAUGGCGAUGGCGAUGGUGCCUCGAGCCCUGCGUUAUCCCUGGCGGCGCGCAGAGCUGGGUUCCGGGCUGCGAGAUGGAGGAGGAGGGGCGCCGCUGCGGCCACCGGGCAGGAUAUGCCUUUUCGUGUGCAGGCUCUUCUGCCUCAGGUCUCUUUUGUCACCUAUCGUUCAUCUGUGAGUUGAGGCCCUGACUCCCUUCCCACAGAAGGAAGAGACCUUUCUCUCUGAAGAUGAACUCAACGGGCCACCUCCAGGAUGCUCCCAACACCACCUGGCUCCCCGCGCCUCCCCUCCCUACGGGGAACCGCACUGCUCUCCAGGCGGACCUCCAGGGUCUCACCCACACGGCCACUUUGGUAACCUGUACUUUUCUACUCGCAGUCAUCUUCUGCCUGGGCUCCUACGGCAACUUCAUUGUUUUCUUGUCCUUCUUUGAUCCAGCCUUCAGGAAAUUCAGAACCAACUUUGAUUUCAUGAUCCUGAACCUGUCCUUCUGUGACCUCUUCAUUUGUGGAGUGACGGCCCCCAUGUUCACCUUUGUGUUAUUCUUCGGCUCAGUCAGUAGCAUCCCAGAUGCUUUCUGCUUCACCUUCCACCUCACCAGUUCCGGCUUCAUCCUCAUGUCCCUUAAGACGGUGGCAGUGAUCGCCCUGCACCGGCUCCGCAUGGUGCUGGGGAAGCAGCCGAACCGCACGGCCUCCUUUCCCUGCACCUUGCUCCUCACGGUGCUUCUCUGGGCCACCAGUUUCACCCUCGCCACCUUGGCCACCCUGAAAACCAGCAAGUCCCACCUCUGCCUUCCCAUGUCCAGUCUGAUUGCUGGAGAAGGGAAAGCCGUUCUGUCUCUCUAUGUGGUUGACUUCACCUUUUGUGUCGCUGUGGUCUCUGUCUCUUACAUCAUGAUCGCUCAGACCCUGUGGAAAAAUGCUCAAGUCAGAAAGUGCCCGCCUGUAAUCACAGUUGAUGCUUCCAGACCACAGCCUUUCAUGGGGGCGCCUGUGAAGGCAGGUGAAGAUCCCCUCCAGUGCCCCAUGCCAGCUCUGUACAGGAACCAGAACUACAACAAACUGCAGCACAUUCAGACCCACGGAUACACCAAGAGUCCUAACCUGCUGCCAAGCCCUGCCGCCAGCCGGCUCCAGCUGGUCUCAGCUGUCAAUCUCUCCACAGCUAAGGAUUCCAAAGCAGUGGUCACCUGCGUGAUCAUCGUGCUGUCGGUCCUGGUGUGCUGUCUUCCACUGGGGAUUUCCUUGGUGCAGGUGGUUCUGUCCAGAAGUGGGAGCUUCGUCCUUUACCAGUUUGAACUGUUUGGAUUCACCCUUAUAUUUUUCAAGUCAGGAUUAAACCCUUUUAUAUAUUCUCGGAACAGUGCAGGGCUGAGGAGGAAAGUGCUCUGGUGCCUCAGGUACGUAGGCCUGGGUUUUUUCUGCUGCAAACAGAAGACUCGCCUCCGAGCCAUGGGCAAAGGGAACCUCGAAGUCAACAGAAACAAAUCCUCCCAUCAUGAAACAAACUCUGCCUACGUGUUGUCUCCAAAGCCCCAGAAGAAAUUUGUAGACCAGGCUUGUGGCCCAAGUCAGUCGAAGGAAAGUGUGGUCAGUCCCAAGAUCUCGGCUGGACAUCAACACUAUGGUCAGAGCAGCUCAACACCCGUCAACACUCGGAUUGAACCGUACUACAGUAUCUAUAACAGCAGCCCUUCCCAGGACGAGAAUAUCCCAUGUAACUUACAGCCAGUAAACUCUUUUGGAUUUGCCAGCUCAUAUAUUGCCAUGCAUUAUCACACCACUAACGAUUUAAUACAAGAAUAUGACAGCACUUCAGCCAAGCAGAUUCCGGUCCCCUCUGUUUAGAGUCAUGGAGGCUGGAGGAUCUUGUGUAGACUGUUUUUGUUUCUAAUACUAAUUGAUAUUUUUUUCACUUUUGUGAGACCAGUAGUAAAACAAAACAAAGAUUCAACUAAAUAGUUGGCAGUUAUGAUUUUCUUUUAUCUGAAGUACUAGCAUCUAUUGGUUUGCUUUGUAGUUUCUUACAUUUUAAGAUUUAAUGUAAAAGUUUAUUAUUUAGAUUUUUACCCUGACCUGUGUUCCAAAUUUUUGUACUAAACUUUUAAACAGAUCCCCUGGAAUGAUCAUGCUACUGUGUUGAAGUAGAGCAUGAACUGAUGAUGAUCAUUUGACUGAGUGUUACCAUGCUUUGAAGUAUAUAUGAGCUGGAUAUUGAAAGAAUGUGAAGGUAUGAUCCAUACUGAGAUGUUAUUUUUAUUAAUUGAAUUAUAAAUUUUGAUUCUUUGAAGUGUUGAAAUGGGGAAGAAUACACUUUUUUUGGUAGCAGACUUAUUGAAUAAAUAAUAUAUUGUUAAAGCAGAAGAUCAGAAAUAGAUUAUCUGUAAUGAUCUUUACCAAAAAUACACAAGUGUUAGGUACUUUCAUAACACAGCCAACCAAGACUAUAGUAUUGUGAUUUUUAUCAUUUCUUAUUAUAGACAUUCUUAUUCUGUGUCAGUUGAGUAGCUCUAUAGUUCUUUUAAAAAGAAAGAUGUUUUUCUGUGGUAAAAGUGAAAUAUUCUAUUUCGGAAUGGUCUUGCCCAAAAAUCCUAGUGAAGAUGACUGCACCUGUGGAAGAGGUAUGCUGUUGUGGGGAGUGUCGGUGCUAAACGUGUUCAUCUCAGCCAGGGUGGAGUUAUGUGGGAAGCAUUCUUGAUUGUUACAUGUUAGACGAUUUUUAUUAUCGUCAAGAAGGGAUAAGGAUGGGAAUGGGAAUGUUUUGAUUUAUAAUUUCCUUUUGUGUGAGAAUGCUUGUUAUCGAUCUGACAAAGAGUAUCCAAGUAGCUAUUCAGAAAUAUUUUUUGUCUUUACUUAUAUAUAUUAUUGUGGUGGAAAAAUUCUUAAGAUCUAUUUUUAAACUAAUUGUGUUAGUUCCCUCCCAUCAAUCUGAAACUGGAGAUGGGCAAUAAGGAAAAAUAGAUUAAGUAUUUCUACACCUAAAAUUAAUUUUAUUAUAUACUCUGUGAUUUCUAACAUAACUGUAAACUCAUAUUUUUAUGUAAAAAUAUUUUCAUUAUACAGUUAGCACUUGAACUUGUUAUAGUUUUGGAACAAUAACUGCUAGACACAAGAUGAGCAUCAAGAAACAAAAUGUAUCUUUAUAAAUUGUUAUAUUCAAGAACAGUUAUUGCAGAUUGGAAGGCAUUUUAUUCCUGUGGGUGAAAGAUAUUCAAUUUAUAGCAUCCUCUCCCAGGCUGUUCCCAAGUACAGAGGCCAUAAGAGGUAAAGAGAACACACAGUAGAUACUCAGCUAGAACUGUGCUCAACCUCAGUAUCAACCAGUCAUUUCUAUUUCUGAGAUUGAAGUAUCAGAUAUGGGUUUAAUUUGUUUUUUGGGUUUUUUUUUUACCUUUUAGGAC